GAGGUAAGACUUCGGGCUGUGUAGAGCGAAAGCGCGUCUUCAUCAGAAGCAUCUGUCAAUUUGACGGAUAAUGUCUUUAUCAAGAAGAGACGCUGACCUCAAGACCAAGUAUGAUCGCCUCUUCAAAGAAGCUCUUCAGCUGGAAGACUUGCCCAGGACCCAGGACAGGGUGGAGCGGCUCGUCUCUGGGGAGGGCUCCUACGUAGCUCACGGAGGAAGCUAUGACACUUUCCAGUUCCAGAACACAUGUGUUCUGGAUUCCCUCUUAGCUGGGAUUCACUGCCUAGACAUGCAGUUUCCCAAGAUCCAGGAACUUUUCUCGACCGAUCGAACCGUCAAUGCAGUUCUACGUUUCAUGCAUCAUGGGGAGUAUAACAAGGCAAAGGCGUUGUGGCUGAUCAACUUGAGCCUUCGGAGUGGUAACAACCGCAAUUUUGACAGUCAAUUCGUAUCAAUCAGGGGUUAUCCCGGCGACCACCUGCCCAACUUCUCAGACCUGGUGUGGGCCACCUUCCACUACGACGAGGACAGAUUCAGCCCCACGUCUGAAGACCGGCUGAUGAAGAUCACACUAGAGGCCUUCCAGACCUACGGGGACGUGAAGCUGCUGGGGGUUCAGAGUGCUCAGCUGGUCCUGGUGUAUAUCAAUGGGCGCAUGGAUUCCCUCCCCCCCCUCUCUGUUACGGAUGACCAUGAGAGGACGUACACACUGGAGUUCCUGUUGCUGGGGAAGAUCACGUCUCACUACAACCACAUGGUCCUGUACACCAAGCUGAUUGGCCGGUGGAUGAUCUUUGACGCCGCGGCAACCCUGGAGUUCAAAGCUGUUGAUUGGAGCAAGGCGGCGACACAUUACUUCCCAUGCCUGGCCGCGUACGUGAAGAAAGAACACCAAGAGUAGCCAAACACUUCAGGAGUCUUUUUUAUUUGUUUUUCAAAUUUGAUUUAAAUGUUGUUUUUUGAUAGACGUUUAUACAAAUCUGUAUUUAGUUUAAAGCUAUAGCAGUGCCUAAACAUAGAUGUACUGAAGUGAAAUGGCUUCUAUUUUUUACAGUUGGCAUUAGGAACAUACAGUUCUCAUUCUAAUGUGUACAGUAGUUGUGUAGAUGUGUACAUGUUCUGAAUGUUGUUGAGUCUUUUGAUGGUGUUUAAAAGACAGACUCAGCUGGUGUUCAGAAGGAUCCCACUCCCAGGACCUUCCUGGUCUGCUCAAAGGUCAACCAGAAGGUCAGAGACCAGGGCGCCUGCAAAGUUGACAUCAGUGUUACUGCUGUUCUGGAUUAUAAAACGGCUAGUUUUGUAACGCAUAUUAUUAAGUAUUUUCUGCCUGAGCCCGUCACUGUGCAACACGAGUGUCUGGGCAAGGCUGUAUAUUAGUUACAUUAGCUACCAUGUAACUACAUAGCAACACUGUACAUUAGGAAAUGUUGUGUUUGUACUUAUGAACACAGACAGGAAGUAGUUCUACUGUACCCGGGAAACAGACAGGAAGUAGGCCUACUGUACCCAGGAAACAGACAGGAAGUGGGCCUACCAUUCUCAUCCAGGUGGGCAGGAAGCCUUUGUAGAGGGACAGAAAGCCCUCUCCUCUCACAGCUUGCAGCAGGCAGUCUGUGGAGGACCUGUACAUCAAGCCCCUAGGGACAAAACACUUGUUACCCUGCUGAAGUGCAGAGUCUGAGUGAAGUAGAAUAUAAUAGAAAAGAGUAGAGUAGAACUAUUGUCCAUCCAGGGUGGGCAUGUUUCUUUGUUACUGUCUGCCAGAGACCUUCUCAUUCUCCACCACAUGGAUAUGAAUGACCGUCACCUUUCUAAAGGGGGUGGGUGUUGUUGUAAUGCAGAAAUUCAUCUCUAAAAGAGGAAGCUGCUACAUUAGUUUAAUCACUGACAUGAAGUAAACGUUUACCACUUUUUCAUAUCCAGUAGUUAAGCUGUUACUAUGGUACGACCUGGUAAAAAGAUAUGUUGUUGUAAUUAUGGAAUACGCUGUAGUUUUUUGUAAAGAUAAAAACAAUACAAAUGGUUUAAUA